AGUAAAUAUAUCAGAAUCAAAAUAAAUUCGACUAGUUUAUUUAGAAUUUUUUGGUGUUAGGUUUUGGAUGCAGCAAAUUUGUUAAUUGAAUAGCUCGAAGUUGUAAACUGGAGUAUCUAAGCUCUUUACUGGGAAGGUGUGUGCGUUUUUAAUGCGUAUUCACAUAAUUUAUAAAUGGCUCAAAGUGGUAACAUGUCGGUUUUAGAAGGUUCUUAUUUUGUUCAGGAUGAUAUCGAUGGUGUGCAUUCGGAUGAUUCUGGAGCUGAACAUCUUUUGAAACCUGGAGUAGCGCUACGUGAGCAGGAUCGUUUUUUACCGAUAGCAAACAUUACCAAAAUUAUGAAGAAAGGAAUUCCCUCCAACGGGAAGAUUGCUAAAGAUGCUCGAGAAUGUGUGCAGGAGUGCGUCUCUGAGUUCAUCUCCUUCAUCACAUCUGAAGCGAGUGAGCGAUGCCACACAGAGAAACGAAAGACAAUCAAUGGUGAAGACAUCCUUUGUGCCAUGUAUACGUUGGGCUUUGAUAACUAUGUCGAACCUUUAAAGUUGUACCUAACUAAAUAUCGCGAUACUACCAAAACUGAGCGGUCCAGUCCCGAGCAUUCGCCGGAUCAGUACGACGCAAUCGAUCAGGACUUCAGCUUUCAAACCUCAACCACUGGACCAAACGUUUCCACGGAUGUCAUCUAUCAGAAUUCAGAUGGAACCUAUUAUUUGAAAAGUGACUCUUAUUGAAAUCUGUAUAGCAGUUUCUUUUUAAUUAUUUGCUUUUAGUGUAUUAGAUAUAAUUCGAUUGGUUUCAUCUAUAUAAAAUAUCAUAUCUUUGUGGAUAUGUAUUCGUAAUAUUUUAUAUAUUUAUAAAAUA